UUGGCAUUGACUCGUUUGAAUAGCUGUGGGUGACAGACUUCCAACAGCGCUGAGAGCGCAAACGCGUGAUCUUUCUCUCUCGGACCAAACCCCGCGGGAUACACACCAGGGAUUGCUGGAAAUACUACAUUUCUACCAGACAACAAGAGUUCCCCUUAACGGGAUUCUAGAAGCUGGACUCAUAUUCGUAGGCAGCGACGCGCGCACCAAACAAACGAAUGUGUCUCUUUUGGUCCACGCAUUUAGGAACGUAUUGGCGCAGCACUGAAUAACUAUUGUAGCGGUGAUUGAUAAGGCAAGUGUUUCCAGUCCAGACAGACACGUUUUUAUAAGGCACAGCUGGUUACGCUGGCGUGGAAUGCUUUUGCCAUCAUUUGUUAGGCAUAAGGCAGUUUAUCCUCGCUUAUAGCAAACGACUUCUUGGAUACUGGAUGGCUGUCCAAAGAAGAGUACAUCGGCUGCAGGACCAAGCCAGGAAUGCCAUUUGUUCACGAGCAUCAUAAACGAGCCUUGUUGCGCGGUGUUUUUUAUUUUUUACCCGGGGGCAGGUGUUGUUGUGUACUUUGGGGCGGGGGGUUAGUUAUUGGGGCUUUGGACACAGUUGUCUGAAGGAUGUCAGAUCAGGGAUCAGAUCUACAAAGAGACAGGUGCGAUAGAGAGGAGUAGAUUUCACGCGGACCCCUCCUCUCCUCUUCUCUCCUCUCUUUUCCUCUCAGUCAUUCUGGAUUAUAGUCCCGAGGAGGCGAGUCAUUCACAGAGAACCGUGGCUCACCGUUUCCCGCGGCUGUUAUCGUGCCGGAGCUCCAGUACCAUGACGACUGUGGCCAAAGCUUUCAUCGGGCUCUUCUGGCUCCCGCGGUUUGUGUGUGCGGUCUUCCCUGAGGAACCUGGACCUCUGAACUUUAUCCCCACUGAAGUGGUGAGAAGGUAUCCUGUGUUUCUCGGACGACCCCAUCACUCAUCUUUCAGACAGGAGCCCUUACACAUUCAGAGGAUCCUGCAGGUCAAUCGUACCCUUUACAUCGGAGCCAGAGAUGACCUUUUCCGAGUGGAGCUAGACAACGUGGUGGGAGAAGAGAUGUUUUACAGCAAGAAGAGGACAUGGGAAUCCAACAAAAAUGACAUCAGAAUCUGUAGAAUGAAGGGAAAACAUGAGGAUGAGUGCCGUAACUACAUGAAGGUUCUGCUCAGCCGGCAGGGCGGAUUGUUUAUCUGCGGAACCAAUGCCUUCAAUCCGUUAUGUGCCAAUUAUACAGGAGACACUCUUGAGAUGGUGGGGGAAACUGUCAGUGGGAUGGCUAGAUGCCCAUAUGAACCGAAACAUGCCAACGUGGCCCUGUUUGCAGAGGGGAAUCUUUACACUGCCACGGUGACUGAUUUUCUGGCCAUCGAUGCCGUGAUCUACAGGAGUCUGGGGGAAAAUCCUGCUCUGCGAACGGUGAAACAUGACUCCAAAUGGUUUCGAGAGCCGUACUUUGUGAGUGCUGUGGAAUGGGGGCCACAUGUCUACUUCUUUUUCAGAGAGAUGGCCAUGGAGUUCAACUACCUGGAGAAGGUGGUUGUGUCUCGUGUGGGACGCGUGUGCAAAGCUGAUCAAGGCGGAUCACAGCGUGUGCUGGAAAAGCAGUGGACGUCAUUCUUGAAAGCUCGACUGAACUGCUCAAUCCCAGGAGACUCGCACUUCUACUUCAACCUCCUGCAUUCCACCAGUCCCAUCAUCCGCAUGCAUGGCAGGGAUAUCAUCCUCGCCGUCUUUUCCACACCCUCCAACAGUAUUCCUGGAUCUGCAGUUUGUGCUUUCGACAUGGAGCAGCUGGCCGAAGUGUUUGAUGGAAGAUUUAAAGAGCAGAAAUCGCCCGAGUCGAUAUGGACACCUGUUCCAGAUGAGGCUGUGCCCAAACCGAGGCCGGGUGGUUGUGCCAUACAAGGCUCAAAGUUCAAUUCCUCCAACUCUUUCCCUGAUGACAUGUUGACUUUUGUCAAGACCCAUCCACUGAUGGAUGAAGCCAUCCCAUCACUCGGUCAGAGACCAUGGAUUGUUAGGACCAUGGUUAGAUACCAGCUCAACAAAAUGGUGGUGGACACAAACGCUGGUCCAUAUGGCAACCAGACAGUCCUCUUUCUGGGUUCCAGCCGAGGGACCAUCCUCAAAUUCCUUGUCACCCCCAACAGUGAUAACACAGUGACCAACAGCAAUGUGUUCCUCGAGGAACUGGAAGGCUACAACCCAGACAGGUGUGGGACGGACUCUCCUCAGGCCAGGCAGCUGCUUUCUCUCACACUGGACCGCAUCAGCCACAGCCUCCUAUUGGCUUUCCCCUCUUGCGUGAUCAAAGUGCCUGUAGCACGCUGCCAACUCUAUUCUCGCUGCUUGAAGAACUGCAUCGCCUCACGGGAUCCCUACUGCGGCUGGACCAGAGGAAGCACCUGCUCUUUCCUCCGUGCCGGUACAAGGCUUCCCUUCGAACAAGACGUCGAGCACGGAAACACUUCUCACUUGGGAGACUGUGACGGUCUUCUGCAGGAGAGUUUCAUUGAGGAACCAGAUGGCUUGGUGUCCGUGAACUUACUGGUGGUGUCAGCGGUUUCAGCGUUUGCCACCGGGGCGGCGCUGUCAGGUCUGAUGGUGUGUUGGAUAAUGAGCCUCAAGCACCGGCAGCACUCCAGAGCCAGUGGAUCUGUCAUGGGGAGUCGUCGCAAGAGUGACAAGGAGCAGGGCAUGCUGGGACACUGCCGUAGUGGUUCCGUGAUCAGCGUGACACGUAUCAGUGGCAGCGAACGACCCCGCUCACAGGUUGAGAAUAUGUUCACCAACGGCUGGCCAAAAUCUGGAGACCUCGACCCAGGACUUCCCACUCCGGAACAGACACCUCUGCAGCAGAAACGUCCCACUCCUAAUGUCCAUCUCACAGACUGCGACUGGGACCAGAGCCAUACUUUCCUCACACAGACAGGGACACCCUGCCAGGUGAACUCAGCGGUCAUUUACUUGAGCUCCAAGUACCUGCAAGGUGGGCGGCAAGAGGGAUCAGGUGAUGUUCCUCCUCAUUCGGAGCGUCAACGGUACCUCAUCCUCUCCCAUCCACCGAAUCAGCGGGAACAGGGUGGAUGUCCGUCCGCCCCACCUACUCGCAACUCUGCUGGUGAAUACAACUAUCCAGCAACACCUCAGGACUCACCUGACCGCAGAAGGGUGGUUUCGGCUCCUACCACGCAGUCAGAUUAUGAUGACCAUCUGCGAUGGUCCCGUGACGGACUCAAUUUCAAUAGCAACGCAACUCCUUCUAGCCACCACCCGUAUCCGAUACAGCCGCGCACGAAUGCAGCGUUAGUACGACCAAGUCAUCACACUCAGCGGGGGCUCAGUGAGAUACAGGACUACAGCCACCUGCUGGUGAAAAGUGCAAGUGCGCGCAACCCAAAUGGCCAAUGAGUGGUCCAGACCCAUUCACAUUCCAUUACCCUCAAGACUCAGACUCCUUCUGUAAUCCUGCCCAUCCUGUCCUUUCUCACUGCCAUCCAGUGUGUUUAAAGUCCCCCACCAGUGGCUGAGCUCUAGGACUUCUGAGAGUGAGAGAACGAGAGUGUUAAUGGUUGACGGUGUUAAAGCCGCUGUCCUCUACUGCCUGCCGGGUGACACCACUUAGCACGUUAGCGGCUUCUAUCACACCCUGUCUAAUGAAGCGGAAGGAUCACUUAGGAAAACGGAUGCGUUGGGUGAUGGGAGGUGACAUACAUAAUCAUAAUCCUGCAAACGGCUACGUUGACUGUUUAGCAUAGCGAAGCAGUUGCAGUUCGCCUCUCUUUGUAAUCUCACACCCUGUGCACUAUCCAGUGGAAGUGAUGUGUUUCAUUUUCACCUCUCUUGCUUUACGUUUGCACCUGGAUGCUGCUUUUGUGCAUCCUGGGCCUUUGCAGACAAGCUCAAACUUCCUUGUGUCUGUUUGUAUGUGAGCCAUGCAAAACGGGGAUUAAAAUGUGCUUGUCGGCUAGGCUUGAUAUGAAAGCAAAAUGGCCAACAAACACUGGAGAUUCUUAAGUGAUCUGAUGUCAAAUGACUGACUAUCGUUCCCUUUCUUAUACUAUUAUGUGUCAGGAAGCAAUCAAGAUAACUGCCAUGUAACUUUAAAGAUCUGUGUGCUGGAAUAUCAGAUUUAACUGGGUCAUGUAAAAGAGCAUUCACCAAAAAUCAUGGAGGAAUAAGUCCAUGCUUUCUGGACGGAGCAGGGAAGCACUGUGGAAAUAUGUUGUUGGGUGUACCCAUUUAUUUUGUGGUGUAUUUUAUAAACCAAGAAGUUUAGUGUGUGUUUUUUUAAUCCCCUACACAUGCUAGCAUAAGAGCAGAGCAUUUGCAACACUUUCUCUUUCUUACGCUCAGCCUGGCUUCAUUUUCUCUGCAGUCCAUUGACUCUAAUGUGAGCUUGGUUGUCUGGUUCGAGUUGGGCUGCUAGGGAGCUGCAUUCAGAGUGUCUCACUGACACUGGGUGCCUUUGUGCGUCCCAGCCAGAGAAGACCAUCCCAUCAACAAAAAUCCGUAAAGAGUCAGGGCCUAGCCAUCAGCCCAGCCCAGGAGAAUGUCAAUGAGGAACCAGACAGAUCGGAUCCCACUGGUUCCCCCCUCACUGCCACCCUCCACAAACCUCACAGAACCAGACGAAUACAAUGUUACAUUUAGAUGGAGACCAAAAAAAAUAGACCCACUGGGCACUGUGCCCGCUUCAGCCAUUGUUCAGAUUCCUCGGGUUCUCUUUUGAUUGCUGUUUGUUUCUUUCAGAGUUGUAAACCCCACGGGAGGCAAGAAAAAGAAAUAGUGUACUAAUCAAUUCAUUCACCUCUCAGUGAACGACGUUAUCGCUGCUUUUUCCCGUGAGGAACCCGUAAUUUACCAUGCAUUACCUAAUUGUGUGCACUAGAGGGCAGUAACGCAUGUUGAGAGAUUUUUUUUUUUUUUUUUUUUUUUACUUUAGCCCUGAGUGGACCCUUUUCACAAGUGUGACAUGCGAGUGUGACAUUUCUGGAGUAAUUAACAUUGUAAAAAUGUUUCAAAUUUAAUUAAAUUUUUUCAGUUUCAAUUUCAGUUUUGCAGUCAUAUAUUAAAAUUAUUUUACAAUUUUGUAUCAAAUAAAUGCAGCCAUGGUCAGCAUAAGAGACAUUAAAAAAAAUCUUACUUUCCCCCGAAAUGUUAAACAGUAGAGUAUAACACUAUACUUUGUUAUAUUUCCCUGUCAUUUAAUUACAAGAGAAAUAAUAAAAACUGCUGCAGUGAGUGAUGGUAAAUUUGACAUCUUUCUCUCUCCUACCUGCCAUAAUCAAUCCUAGUUUUUCUUUUACUACUUCUUUUGGAAAGUCAUGGAAAUACAAUAUUGGAGAUCUUUUUUUUUUCUUUUCCUUUUUUUUCUUUUUGUGUGUACUAUUGAAACAAAUAGUAAUGCAAAAAUAACAUUUGCUAUGGUCUCACAUUUAUUUCACUAUAAGUCUACCCUGUUAUUGUUUAUAUUCUAAACUGGUCCUAUAAUCACCAAUACUACAACAGUAAGUGUAUGUUUGUUAUAAAAACAGAAAGUUUUUCAAAUGAAAAAUCUGCUUUAGUGAUAAUAGAGCAUUUCGCAGGGUAUGAGUGUGUUCUUUUGAAUGUGGAUGGAUGAAACCCAUUGAAGCUAAACAUUAAAGCAAUUAUUGAAGAGUUUAAUUUAUAGGUCUUAAGUGCCAAUGCAUGACUGAGUUCAAAACUUGGUGCCUAAUUAUUUUUACACAAUCAACAUUAUUGUCACAGUUUUUUUAAUUGUUGCCCAGCUCAUCUGUUCAUAUUGGAACUGUUCUACCCCCACACAGACUGAGGCCCACUAUGUGCUGAAAAAAGGUCUGCCCACCCAUGCAUGCGCUCGCCCUGCUUCCCUCUCACUGGCUUUUCACUCUGUUGCACCAUUAGGCAAAACAUGCGUGAUUACGCUAAGUCUGUCUUGGCCUGAUAAAGCCUAGAGAUGAUCGUGAGAGACGUGCAGAAACACAGGCACCCACUUGCUUACUCACAGCCAGAUUUUACAAAGCAAUCGCCUGAGAUGUGGGCAGCAAAACUCAAGAAGCAAGUCAUCUUCCCAACCGCAUCCCAUAUAAGUAACAUUCCCCAGAAUAAAACAAAAACAAGCAGAAAACGCAGAUAAUACCUAUUGUGAAACCCUGUACGAAAUCUCCAAGCACUGCCGGGGUUAAUUCGCACAAGAAUUUGAGGUAGUGAAGUGGAGUUAAUUUGCUGCGGAGCUCUAUAAAAUGUGUUCCCGGGAAAAGAAAAUAAACGAGGGUUGUUUCACUGUUUUCCUGUCGUAAUUCUCUCAAGCAAGAAAUGGAAUCGGCCAUAAAAACUCUGCUAGGGUUUUGUUUGGACAGAAUAUAUCUAGCUAUGUUUUUAGAAGGCUCCCUUCUCUCAAUUUUCCAAUUAAAAUCCUGUCUGUAAACAGUGAGGACAGUGUGCUUGAGGCUUUCUCAUUGUCUGGGCCGGUUUUCUUUCUCUGCUUUGUCUUUUAAAACCCUGAAGUUAUUAUUAUUAUUAGUUUUUUUUUUUACGUCCCCUUGCCACAAACUGCUACAGCUAAUGGGCCACCUGACAAAAUGUGCAAACACAAAGGAAGAAAUGGUUUGUUUAGCUUUCGGUACGCAAAACCAGACAUCUGACAAGCACAAACUAGGUUUUUUUUUUUGUAUAUUUGUAGAGAAUAUAUUAGCCAGUACAGAUAUCUUCAUUUUUACAUUUGUUUGUUUUGUGGUAAUGUUUUCGGUUGGUUUAUUGAGUUCAUGCAAGUGAUUUGAUUUGCUCUCUGGAGUGUGAAUUUUUUCAGCGACAAUGAUUAUUCUGCAACUGUGACCUGAAUUUCAGUGUUUGAUCCUGGUUUCUGAACUGUGCAAAGACUUCUUUUCUAAAAGAAAUUGGAUUGGAGUUGUUUCUCCUGGAAGAAAGAGAAGAAAAAAAACAAUUUUGCAAAAGAGCCAAGUCUUCUGUUAACUGUGAUGGACUUCUGAUUUGUUUUGCACCUGAGGCUGUUCGUGUUACUGGGUCCAUUGUCAUUAAAUGACAAGUCGUGUCCCUUCAGUGUACAUAAUUUCAAUGCUUAAAUGUAAUUUAAGUGAACUACCUGCAUGAACACAGCCUCGGUCUGGAGUCCACAGAGGUAAUGUGUACUUCAACACGACAUGCUACUGUGUGCCCUAAUAUUGUCCACCAAUCAGACAGUCACAUGCAUGCUUUCCAAAUCAACAGCACAAAUGCACAUAAAGAGACACACACAAUCACACAAACGCACAAGAUCACAUGGAUAGUGGGGUCCAAAAUGUCUUAUUUUGCUGCCUUUUUUUUUUUUUUGCAUCAUAUCAGUAUCAAAAUGUCUUUGUAUACAGUUUGUCCCACUUUUGCUCAAACAGCAGCACUCACCUGAUGAUCAUGUCCUUCACCAUGAACUGAAAUGAUCCAGAGAGCAUCUUGUGUUUCAGUGGAAGAUAGAACAUCUGACCGUCUCUACAGAGUCACAUGGAAAAUGACCCAGAAACAGUACUAAAUCUUAAAUAUUUCCUAUUUGUUUUGUGCCUUUUUUUUAUAUUUUUAUUAAUUGGUCCAAAGUUUAAAACUUGUUUAUCUUCAGUCCCACUAAGUUUUCUGACUUUUGGAUCCCACUGUACUUAAACACGUGUACACACACAUUUUUGCAUUUGGAAACUCAUUGUCCUCCGUUCUGACUGUCAUUGAGCAUGGAGACUGUGCUCUGUUAUCAUUUCCUGUUUUAAUAAACCACCAACAACCUAA